GACGAAGUCUCACGUCACUUCAACAUGGCCGCCCGCAGGCCUGGCUGACGAUUGCCGCCAUGUUGGGCUGAGUCAGCCAUUUGGAGGGGGCCGAUUUUAGCAGAGAGCCAUGUUGAGUGGGGAGACCUCCCGCCAAGCAGCAGCUGCGGAGCAUGCGCACACCCAGGCGGCAGCUGAAGGAGUCCCGCAGGGACUGAGAGAGAGCGAGAAAGGAAGUCGGCCAGGUUUAGUCACUGCCUGAGGUAAAUGGCCACGGUCCUAAGAGAGCGUGGGUGAGGGGCAGAGCCUUGAUGUUAGAGCAUUCAGUGAGCCUUCAAGAAUCUCUGAAGAAUCCACUGACUUCAGAUCUCUGCCUCUUUCCCAGAAGAGCCAGAAAUGACUAAGUCCCUGGAAUGUGUUUUUCAGGGAUCAGUGUCAUUCAAGGAUGUAACAGUAGACUUCAGCAGGGAGGAAUGGCAACAAUUGGACCUUGCUCAGAAAAGCCUAUACAGGGAUGUAAUGCUGGAAAACUAUUUCAACUUGAUCUCAGUGGGGUGUCAAGUUCCCAAACCAGAAGUCAUUUUCAACUUGGAGCAAGAGGUGCUACGUAUGCUGGCUGGUGACAUCUGCAGUCACAGUCAUCAUGAUGGAGAUAUUGGUUUUGAAACUUCACAGCAUGGAAUGUCUGAAGAAGUUUCCAUCCAGUUUGAGAGAAUUAAUCUUUUCACAAGCGGUGACCCAUAUUCCAUUUUAGAAGAAUUGUGGCAAGAUGAUAAACAGAUAAGGAGAUGUGAGGAAAACCAGAACACAAGUGCAGAUCAUGUCACGUUUAUCAACAAGGGAACACUAUUUAAUGAGAGAGACUGUGAAUAUAAAAGCACUCAGAAAAUUGAUCAUGUAAACACAUACCUUGUUCCUGCGAGAAAAAAACUCCAGAACUAUGACUCAUUUGGAAGGAGUUUGAAGCCUAUUGUAAGCUUAUGUGAUUAUAGAAACAAUGCAGCAGAAAAUCUUGAUAAGAUUAUUGGAUGUGGUAAUAUUUUUACUCAUAUGGAUUCUCAUACAGAAACACAUGCUUGUGAAUAUAACCAGUGUAAGAAACUUCUGAGUCAUGAGCAAGCUCUCAUUCAACAUCAAAAAAUUCGUACUGGGGAGAAUCUCAGUUUAUUUUCUGAUUAUGUAAAAAUUUUCACCAGGAAGUCACACCUCUUUGCAUGCCAGAGUAUUUAUACUGAAGAGAAACAGCAUCAAUGCAGCAAAUGUGAGACAGUCUUCAGUCAGAAGCUCCAACUUGCUGUUGCUCAAAAGGCUUCUGUAGGAGGGAAACCCUGCACAUGCACUGAAUAUGAAAAGGACUUUUCCCUCAAGUCAAAUCCUGAGAAAACUCACACUGAGGAGAAUCACUGUAAAUGCAGUGAAUAUGGAAAAGCCUUUAUCCAGAAGUCAGAUCUGUUCAGAUGCCAGGGAAUUCAUAUUGGAGAAAAACCCUAUGAAUACAGCGAAUGUGGGGAAAAUGUCUCUCAGAAUUCAAAUCUCAAUGUACAUAAAAAAAUCCAUACUGGAGAGAAACACUUUGAAUGUACUGAAUGUGGAAAAGCCUUCACAAGGAAAUCAACUCUGAGUAUGCAUCAGAAAAUUCACACAGGAGAAAAACCGUAUGUGUGUACUGAAUGUGGGAAAGCCUUUAUCCGGAAGUCACAUUUUAUUACACAUGAGAGAAUUCAUACUGGAGAGAAACCUUACAAGUGCAGUGACUGUGGAAAAUCCUUUAUAAAGAAGUCACAACUCCAUGUGCAUCAGCGAAUUCACACAGGAGAGAAUCCCUUUAUAUGUACAGAAUGUGGGAAGGUCUUCACUCACAAGACAAAUCUCAUUAUACACCAGAAAAUUCAUACUGGAGAGAGACCUUAUAUAUGUACUGAAUGUGCAAAGGCCUUUACUGACAGGUCAAAUCUAAUUAAACACCAAAAAAUUCAUACUGGAGAGAAACCCUAUAAAUGCAGUGAUUGCGGAAAAUCAUUCACCUGGAAGUCACGGCUCAGGAUACAUCAGAAAUGCCACACUGGAGAGAGACAUUAUGAAUGCAGUGAAUGUGGGAAAGCCUUCAUCCAGAAGUCAACACUAAGUAUGCAUCAGAGAAUUCACAGAGGAGAAAAGCCCUAUGUAUGUACUGAGUGUGGGAAAGCCUUCUUCCACAAGUCACACUUUAUUACCCAUGAGAGAAUUCAUACUGGAGAGAAACCCUAUGAGUGCAGUGACUGUGGGAAAUCCUUCACAAAGAAGUCACAACUCCAUGUGCAUCAGCAAAUUCACACAGGAGAGAAACCCUACAGAUGUGCAGAGUGUGGAAAGGCCUUCACUGACAGAUCGAAUCUCUUUACACACCAGAAAAUUCAUACUGGGGAGAAACCCUAUAAAUGUAGUGACUGUGGAAAAGCCUUUACUCGGAAGUCAGGUCUCCAUAUACAUCAGCAGUCUCAUACCGGAGAGAGACACUAUGAGUGCAGCGAAUGUGGGAAAGCCUUUGCAAGGAAAUCAACGCUAAUUAUGCAUCAGAGAAUUCAUACAGGAGAGAAGCCCUAUAUUUGUACAGAAUGUGGGAAAUCCUUUAUCCAGAAAUCACACUUAAAUAGGCAUCGAAGAAUUCAUACUGGAGAGAAACCCUAUGAAUGCAGUGACUGUGGGAAGGCCUUCAUUAAGAAGUCACAACUUCAUGAACAUCAUCGAAUUCACACUGGAGAGAAACCAUUUAUAUGUGCUGAGUGUGGAAAAGCCUUCACCAUCAGAUCAAAUCUUAUUAAACACCAGAAAAUUCAUGCCAGACAGAAACCCUAUAAAGGCAAUGACUUUAGGAAAACCUUACACUGGAGGCCACAGCUCAGUGUAUGUCAGAAAUCUGAUUCUGGGGAAGUAGAGUGCUCGGUGCCGCAGUCAUGGUGUGGGGAUACAAAGUAGUGAGAGGCUACUGCUUCACUAUGAAGCAGGAGGUGACCAAGCCACCAUAUCUCUGGUCAGAAGCGUGAAUGUCUGGAUCACAGAACUGGUGUCUAAUUACAUGUAUGGAGGAAGACACUGAAGAAAGUGCUUAAACAAUGUGUUUGGGCCAUAGUUAAUUACUGGACUCCUGCAAAUAAUAGUAAAUAUGCCAGCAGAGGACUUGGUAGACUUUGUUUCAUGUUAUGGAUAAAAAGCUUUAUAAAUUCAGGGCUGUAUUCCCUAUUGACCAAAGUAAUUUCUUAAUGAGUAGAGUGCUAAGAAAAUUUUUCAUUGUCUAAGGAUGCUGAAAUGAGGGCAAAAGUAUAGACAAUUCAAGCCUGUAACUAAGAGAAAUCAGAAGUUUUUGUGAAAAUUGACAUAAAAGACACAAAGGAAGGACCUCCUUUUUUCCUUCAGGAAGUCACUAUUAUUUAUUUUUUACAGUAUCAGUGUGUAGAAAUUCGGAUAAACAUUUUUUUUUAUUUGACUUUGAGAUUGGCAAAUUAGAACCACAGGCUUACUUGAACAUUAA